GAGGUCAAUCUGGUUGGAUUUUUGAGUGAUCAAAGAUGUUUUUCCUCUUGCUAGGUACAUUGAUGUUUCUCCAGUCCUCUACUGCAGGAUCCAUCAAAACAACUGAGAGUCACUGGACACUUAAACCGAAUGUGCUUGUAGUGAAUGUAGAUGCUGGUAAAGAUGUGAACACGGUACAAGUGCCACUUAUCUGUGGAGAAGCCUACGAAGGGCAAAAUGUUAAAUGGACCAAAAACAAAGAUGAAAAUCUGGAGGCUCAAGAAAACAGGAUCAUGGUCACAGUGGAGGGGUGGAAGGGGGCCAAUUACUCCUGUUUCAACAAGGAGGGCUCCUACCUAAACCACACACUGGUGCUGGCUCAGUGGACCUUCAAGAAGAUUAUCAAGAACACUCCUGAGAAAGGUUACAUCCAUUGUUCAACAAAUAACUAUGGAGGUUCCUUCCAAUGUUCCUGGACAUGGGAUAAGAACAGGCAUGGCCAUGUUGCUCAUAUCAAAGCCACACGGCCUCACGGUGGAAGCAACAUCAGCUGCAGUCUGGAUUCCGAAGGACAGAGUAUCACAUGCUUAGAUCAAGACUACUGUGCUUAUUCAGAGGAGGUGGACCGCAUCAACCUGACCAUAUACUUCAGAAGUAGCUUUGUUGUAGAAACCUACAACAAAAAGUUCUACAUCAUGGAUAUUGUGAGGCCUGAUGUGGUGGCUAUUAGCAGGAUCAAUAAAACAUCUGUAGAAGUUGGCUAUCCACUCUCCUGGAACACACCAUCUUCCUACUUCCCUCUCAUCUUCCAAGUGAAAGAGAUUCGCUGUCGGAAAGGCGAAAAAUGUGACUGCUCCAAACCAAACUUGCCAAAGACUUACCUCACACAAAGCCACCAGGUGCCGGUGAAAAAAGGGAUGGCGGUGUGUGUGAGAGCGAGGGAUGAAUUCUGUAAUUCUUCUUGGAGUGAAUGGAGCAUGUACAAAUUCAGAAACAAAAAAAACAAGAAGCACUGGAACCAAGAACCAAAGUUAAUGAUGCUAUAAUUUAUUAUGUAUAAUUAAAUAAAACUUUAUAUAUUUUUAAAUGUUUUUAACCAUUAUGAACAAAGAUUGACUCCUAUUAGACCUACUUUGGUCAUAUACUGUAUAAUUAAAUACAAACACAUUGUAUGUGUUCUUUUAAUAGUUUAUCUAUUUUAUAAUAGAAUGAAUAACACUAUCAUGCCCUUAAAUGAAUUAUUUAUAACUGUAAUACAUUUCAAUUGCG